AUGUACGCCCCCGGAGGCGCAGGGCUGCCCGGCGGGCGCCGGCGGAGGAGCCCGGGAGGCAGCGCUCUGCCCAAGCAGCCGGAGCGUAGCCUGGCCUCGGCCCUGCCUGGCGCCCUGUCUAUCACGGCGCUGUGCACUGCCCUCGCCGAGCCUGCCUGGUUGCACAUCCACGGAGGCACCUGUUCGCGCCAGGAGCUGGGGGUCUCCGACGUGUUGGGCUAUGUGCACCCGGACCUGCUGAAAGAUUUCUGCAUGAAUCCCCAGACAGUGCUGCUCCUGCGGGUCAUCGCCGCCUUCUGUUUCCUGGGCAUCCUGUGUAGUCUCUCCGCUUUCCUUCUGGAUGUCUUUGGGCCCAAGCAUCCCGCCCUGAAGAUCACUCGUCGCUAUGCCUUCGCCCAUAUCCUCACGGUCCUGCAGUGUGCCACCGUCAUUGGCUUUUCUUAUUGGGCUUCUGAACUCAUCCUGGCCCAGCAGCAGCAGCAUAAGAAGUACCAUGGAUCCCAGGUCUAUGUCACCUUCGCCGUUAGCUUCUACCUGGUGGCAGGAGCUGGUGGAGCCUCAAUCCUGGCCACGGCAGCCAACCUCCUGCGCCACUACCCCACAGAGGAAGAGGAGCAGGCACUGGAGCUGCUCUCAGAGAUGGAGGAGAACGAGCCCUACCCGGCGGAAUAUGAGGUCAUCAACCAGUUCCAGCCACCCCCUGCCUACACACCCUAAUGCCAGCCUUGGGCUCUCUUCCUCGGCAGCCCCUCCCUCAACUCUGCAGCUCCUCUCGCACCCAGAGGAGCUCCUUUCCCCAGCAGGCCUCACUGGUAGGAUCCUGACCAUCUUCUCCAAACCUUCCCCAGGAGAGACUCUGCCUUUAGGGUCAUCCAUGUAUCCCUGCUCUCAGAACCGGAGGUCCACUGGUUUUCUAUAAUGUACUCUUUCCCUCCUGCCACAUCCUGCCCCUUCACGUUCACGAGUCAUUACCAGCCAGGGAAGGUCAUCCAAGUUUCCUCCAGCAUGGGCCAUAUCUUUGGGACCGAGACUUUCCUUGAAGAGCUGCUGAGAGUGGACAGUCCCAGAAAGAAGUGUCAAAGGGCCCAAGGGAAGGGGGACUGUGCCCUGCAGGCUCACUUCACAGGGAUCAGUGUUUGCUCCACAGCUGUAGCUCUGGGCUGACGCCCCCCAGACCCCUUCCUUCUCGGAGUGAUCCGCCCCCAGGCCACCUGCUCCGGGGAGUUCUGUGCACUUUACUCUUUGGACUUCUCCUCACGUGUGCCCUGGUUUUAUGGGGAGAGGGAAUCGCUGUUGGGAAGGCAGAGCAGUUGCUACCCUCUCUGCCCUUGCUUCAUGUGGCUGCAGCCCAGGCAAGGAGAGCAGGAGCCAGCGUGAGACUGAGGCCCCCUGGUGCCUAUCAAGGACCAGAGUGAAGGGGACUACGUCUCCCAGCCCUUCACCUUUUAAAUGUGAGUGGUUUUAAAAGGAAAAAAACGAAACCAGGCAACAGCAACAAUAUUCUGUUUUUAAAAUAGGGACAAGACUAUUGUCACUUUUUAGACAUGUAUCCCAUUCCUUUUGGCUCUGCAAUAUUUGGGGCUGUAGCUCCUUCCAAGCCCGUGGUAGUCCCUCCCUGAGUCUCCCAGUAGAAUGCGGCCUCCCUUCCCUGGCCCCUUCCCUCCCAGUGACAGUGACUCCCUGGGGCCUUCUCGUGGAACCCAGAGGGGCUGAGGACUGUGGCCUGGCUGGCGGGCCAGCGUGGUGCUCCUCAGGACUGCGGCACUGAGAUGGAACCUGGCCUCAGUUUAGGAACAGGGGCCACAACAGGGCAGGAACCCACCAACCCCCACAUAGGAAUACAACCAGUGGGGCCCCAUCAUGUGAGGCGUCAGACCCACCCUGUCAGCCCAGCAGGCCGGGCUGUGUCCUUCAGACCCAGUGCUGCCCUAGACUCUGACUCGGGACUCCAGCCUGCAGCAUGCCCUCUCCCCUCUUGAAUGUACUCUGGUCUUGCAGUGUGCUGCUGGGACUUUCUUGCUCAGCCAUCACUCUGGCCACCCUGUUUGCUCUGGGUCUGGCUGAAUUUUCCGCCCUGAGAUCUGGGCAUUGAGUGGAUGAAACUUGAAAGACCUUCAGUGUAGAUCCAGAUGGCCAACCUGUCCUUGUUAAGUUGCUUGCUUCUUGGGAAUCAGUGUCCAUUGCUGAGGUGAAAAGGAAAUGGAUUCCAAUCUCUUCCAACCUUUAAGGUGAUAGAUAGUUUGAGCAAGACUGGAGAAUGGACAACACUACGAAGCUGUGGCUAGAAAGGGACUGUCAUGUCCCAUCCUUUGGCCAGAUUGACUGGGGAUGUCCGGACAGAUGCCUGCGUGGGUGGUGAGGGCCACAUCUGCACAUGAGCCGGUGGCUGCUUGUAGUUCACUGCUGUGAUGCCAGAGUGUGUUCAAAGGUGACUCUCCUGCUCUUCUGGACUCUUCUCUCAGGCAAGAAAGGCGGCUGGCUGCCUGCUAUGUGAUGCCUGAGCACAAAGCCAAGGAGCUGAACUAAGUCUUUCUGUUAAGUCCUGAGUUUGUCGUUGGCAGGUUUACUUGUGGCCAGCUCUCUCUGCCCUUGGGUGUCUGAGCAGGCAGACCACAAGACCAGGCACCGGACAUGCAUGCCAAAGGGACUGGUCAUCUCCUGAGGACCUGUACAUGACCCUGUGGACUGUUCCGCACGAUCCGGAACCCACUUUUUAUUCACUCCCCAUGUCUCUGGCCUUCCUCUUCUUUCUCUUUCCCUCUGCCAUCCUGACACUGAUAGUUUGUCAUAUAAAUUCCCCUGGUUGUGUUUUUUUUUCUAGAAAAAAAUUAAAAAGGAAAACAAAACCAAAAAAACCAGAAACCACGAAUAGGAAUGGAAA